AGUGUUCGAAGUCUCUUUUCUCUCUCUCUCUCUGUCUCUCGCUCGUGUUUGUUUUUGACUUAAGAAGGGAUUGACAGAGUCAUGGCGGGCUGUCUUUAGGGUUUCUUCGCUGAAGUUGCAAGCUUUGAAUGCUUUUGUUGAUCUUUGAAUUAGUUUAAAUCUGCGAAGAGAGACGGUGAUUCUUUCUCCAGAACGUAAAGGUUGUAACCAGUAAGGACUCUACAAUGCGUGCACCAUCACUGCUUGCUCAGUGCCUUCCUGGUCUGGUGCCUCACGACCGUUCAAGUCAUAGCUUCUCUUCAAUUUGGGAAAGGGAUGUGCAUCCACCAUCACCAGCAGUUGAAAUUCUUCCUUCAAAGACGGCUCACCCAUAUAAGUAUGCGGGUGAGAAUGUGGAUUUGCAUGGUCUCAAUCUCUUCAAGGGAAGAGUUAGUGUUGCCGAUAUUAUUGGAUUCACUAGUUCAGAAACUAUAUCUUCAAAGUCUGAAGGGUCAGUAAAAGCAUGGGAUAGUUCUAUUGAUCUUGUUAAUGUUCUCAAGCAUGAAAUUCGUGAUGGACAACUAAGUUUUAGAGGAAAACGGGUUCUGGAGCUUGGCUGUGGCUAUGGGCUUCCAGGGAUUUUUGCUUGCGUAAAGGGUGCAGGUACUGUGCAUUUUCAGGAUCUCAAUGCAGAGACUAUAAGGUGCACAACGAUACCAAAUGUGGUUGCCAAUCUGGAGCAGGCUCGGGACAGGCAGAGCCGACAGCCUGAAAGUCCCCUGACACCAUCAAGGCAAGCAUUGGCUCCUGAGGUCCAUUUUUAUGCUGGGGAUUGGAAAGAACUGCACACAGUCCUGUCAGUUGUGAGGAAGGAAGGGUUUGAAAUGACAGCUGGGAUGAGUGUGAGCUUCUCUGAGGAGGAUUUCUUGGAUGGCUGUAGCAGUCAGGAUGGUAGCAUUGUUGGUCAUGAAUCAUCCUCUAGAAGAUCAAGAAAGCUCUCAGGAAGCAGAGCUUGGGAGAGAGCAAACGAAUCAGACCAAGGAGAUGGUGGGUAUGAUGUUAUCUUGAUGACGGAGGUACCAUACUCAGUGACCUCCUUGAAGAAUCUGUACACGCUCAUGAAGAAGUGCUUAAGACCUCCCUAUGGAGUAGUUUACUUGGCCAUGAAGAGGAAUUAUGUUGGUUUUCAUAGUGGAGCACGACACCUGAGAGGUCUAGUCGAUGAGGAAGGAAUUUUUGGGGCCCAUGUAGUCAAAGAGCUAGCUGACAGAGAGAUUUGGAAGUUCUUUUUCAAGUGAUUGACAAUAAAACCAGGCAAGGACUAGUAAUACUCUGAAAAAUCCCAGAUUCAGAGCUCUAUUGAGCACACUUGUAAAAAUAUCAUAGCUUUAUUUGUUUUCACAAUUUAGUAUAAUAAUUUUGGGAAUCAGAAUUAGUAGGCUGGUUGGUGAGCUUCUAAAUUUGCUUGCCAUGCAUUCUGUAAAUUUGCUCAAUUUUUUCCAUUAUUUUUAGUCACACUGAAACUGUACACUGAAGAAUUUUAGUAAAUUUGAGUUUGAUAUUACUCAGAAAUUUGCUCUC